CGAGUGUGGUGGUGAACGCGAGAGGUGGAGAUGGAGGUUUUCGGGUUGGAAGGCUGACUUGGCGGAGACGCGAUGCGUGGCGGUGCCGCCGCGCUUGUUUCUCUCUCCAUCCCGCACAAACGGCGCUCACACCAUCCACAACCGUCUUUCUCGAGAGAGGAAAGAAAACCCCACAGGUCCUCAGUGCUACCUGUUGAGGGCAGGAGAAGUAAAAACAGCAGCUCGGUAGAUCACCAUGGCUACGGCACCACCAUCCAUGGUCAGCACAGAACAGAGACAGCACGCAGAGCACAUAUUCCUCUCCUUUCGCAAAUCCAAAUCACCUUUCGCUAUUUGUAAACACAUCCUUGAGACCAGUAAGGUGGACUAUGUGCUGUUCCAGGCUGCAACGGCCAUAAUGGAGGCUGUGGUCAGAGAAUGGAUCUUGCUGGAGAAAAACAGCAUCGAGUCUCUCCGAACAUUCCUUCUCACCUACGUCUUACAAAGACCCAAUCUGCAGAAGUAUGUUCGCGAACAGAUUUUAUUGGCAGUUGCGGUUAUAGUGAAGCGUGGCUCAUUAGACAAAUCCAUCAGCUGUAAGAGCAUCUUCCAUGAGGUCAGCCAUCUUAUCAGCAGUGGCAAUCCUACUGUGCAAACACUGGCCUGCUCCAUCCUGACAGCUUUAUUAAGUGAGUUCUCUAGCUCCAAUAAAACCAGCAAUAUUGGCCUCAGUAUGGAGUUCCAUGGCAGCUGCAAGCGUAUCUUUCAGGAGGAUGACCUGAAGCAGAUCUUUGUACUCAUCAUGGAGGUUUUACAGGAGUUCAGUCGUAGGGAGAACCUUAAUGCCCAGAUGUCGUCAGUGUUCCAGCGAUACCUAGCACUGUCCAAUCAGGUGCUCAGCUGGAACUUUCUCCCACCUAAUCUGGGCAGACACUACAUCGCUAUGUUUGAAGCCACUCAGAAUGUCAUGCUGAAGCCCACAGAGUCAUGGAGGGAAGCUCUUCUGGACCACAGAGUUAUGGACCUCUUUUUUACUGUGCACAGGAAGAUUCGUGAAGAUUCUGACAUGGCCCAGGAUUCCUUGCAGUGCCUGGCCCAGUUGGCAUCCAUGCACGGGCCCAUUUUCCCAGAUGAGAGCGCUCAGGUCACCUACUUGGCCCAUCUUGUGGAGGGGCUACUUAACAUGAUCAAUGGGAUUGAGAUUGAAGACUCUGAGGCAGUGGGCAUCGCAAACAUCAUCAGUAAUCUGAUUGCUACAUUUCCUCGGAGUGUUCUUACUGCUCUACCGAGCGAACUCUUCUCCUCUUUCAUCAACUGUCUGACAUUACUCACCUGCUCUUUUGGACGUAGCGCAGCCCUUGAAGAGGUGCUGGAUAAAGAUGACAUGGUAUAUAUGGAAGCAUAUGACAAGCUGUUGGAGUCGUGGCUCACUUUGGUGCAGGAGGAUGAGCAUUUCCCUCGUGGCUGCUUUGUCCAGCCAGCUGUACAGGUCUUCAACUCCUACAUUCAAUGUCACCUUGCAGCACCUGAUGGAACCAGAAACCUGACUGCAAACGGUGUUGCAUCACAUGAAGAGGAGGAGAUAAAUGAAUUGCAGGAGGACGACAGAGAACUGUUUUCAGAUCAGUUAGCAAGUAUCGGCAUGUUGGGGCGAAUCGCAGCAGAGCACUGCAUCCCUUUACUCACAAGCUUAUUGGAGGACCGAGUUACACGGCUUCAUGGACAGCUCCAGAGACACCAACAGCACCUCAUGGCCUCAUCAGAGCCAGACUCAGUGGACCGAAAAGUUUUAGACGACCUCUACGAAGACAUUCACUGGCUAAUAUUAGUCUCAGGCUACCUAUUAGCUGAUGACCCUCAGGGGGAGACGCCGAUGAUCCCCACAGAGGUGAUGGAUUUCUCUAUAAAGCACUCCACCGAGGUGGACAUCAAUACCACACUGCAGAUCCUUGGCUCACCUGGGGAGAAAGCCUCCUCCAUCCCAGGCUGCAACAGGACAGACUCUGUCAUCAGAUUGUUAUCAGCAGUGCUGAGGACAUCGGAGGUGGAGUCUCGGGCAACACGGGCAAGUCUAACACAAUUGUUGAGCCCUCAGAUGGGAAAAGACAUUAUGUGGUUUCUGCGGCGCUGGGCCAAAACAUACCUUCUAGUGGAUGAGAAACUGUAUGGCCAGAUCAGUAUGCCCUUGAGCACAGCAUUUGGGGCUGACACUGAGGGGGCUCAGUGGAUUGUGGGGUACCUGCUGGAGAAGGUGAUAAAUAAUUUGUCUGUAUGGAGCUCUGAGCCCGACCUGGCAAAUGACACAGUGGAACUGUUGGUCACUCUUGUGGAAAAGAGAGAGCGAGCAAACAUCGUGGUGCAAUGUGAGAGCUGGUGGAGCCUGGCCAAGCAGUUCGCCAGCCGCAGUCCCCCACUGCACCUGCUGUCAAGCCCAAUCCAGCGCACGCUGAUGAAGGCGCUGGUUCUUGGCGGCUUUGCACACAUGGACUCUGAUACUAAACAGCAGUAUUGGGCAGAGGUGCUUCAUCCACUCCAGCAACGCUUCCUGAACCUUAUUAACCAGGAAAACUUUGCGCAGAUCUGCCAGGAGGAAACAGUAAAGCAGGAGAUAGUGGCCACUCUGGAAGCUCUGUGCGGCAUCGCAGAAGCUACUCAGAUAGACAAUGUAGCUUCUCUUUUCAGCUUCCUUAUGGACUUCCUGUCUAGCUGCAUUGGACUAAUGGAGGUCUACCAGAAUUCACCAGAAACAGUCAAUCUCAUCAUUGAGGUGUUUGUUGAGGUGGCCCAUAAGCAAAUCUGCUACCUGGGAGAGACUAAGUCUAUGAAGCUGUAUGAGGUGUGUCUAACACUGCUCCAAGUCUAUUCGAAGAAUAACCUCGGUCGAAAGAGACUCGAUGUAGCAGCAGAAGAAGACCAAUACCAGGACCUACUGCUCAUCAUGGAGCUCCUCACUAACCUGCUUUCCAAAGAGUUUAUAGACUUCAGUGACACUGAUGAGGUGUUUCGAGGACAAGAGCAGAGUUCAGGAGCUGGUCGUACUGUUUCAGCGGCAGACGUGGUGCUGUUUGGGGUCAAUAUUGUGCUGCCUCUCAUGUCUCAGGACCUUCUAAAGUUCCCAUCUUUAUGUAACCAGUACUAUAAGCUCAUCACAUUCAUCUGUGAGAUUUUUCCUGAGAAGAUCCCACAGCUGCCUGAAGAGCUCUUCAAGAGCUUAAUGUACUCUCUUGAGUUGGGCAUGACCUUAAUGAGCUCAGAGAUUAGUCAGUUGUGUCUGGAGUCUCUGUCCCCGCUGGCAGAGCAGUGUGCCAAAACACAGGAGAAAGACACUCCUUUAUUUAUUGCUACUCGACAUUUCCUCAAGUUGGUGUUUGAUAUGUUAGUACUACAGAAGCACAACACUGAAAUGACUGUGGCAGCUGGAGAAGCUCUGUAUACACUUGUGUGCCUGCAUCAAACGGAGUACUCCGAGCUGGUAGAGAACCUGCUCUCCAGUCAGAGAGAUGCUGUGAUUUACCAGCGUCUUGCCGAUGCCUUCAACACACUCGCAGCUAGCAGCACACCUCCAACGAUGGAUCGAAAGCAGAAAGUGGCCUUCCUCAAGAGCCUGGAGGAGUUUGUGGCCAAUGUUGGCGGAUUGCUAUGUGUCAAAUAACCUCUGCCUCCCGCAUCCUGUUUGGUGUUCUGGAUGCGCCCUCAUUUCCAGCCGCAUCUCCACCAUUGAAAGAAAAACUUUACUCUCUGCCGUGACAAACUCUGAACAAUCGUAGCAGAACUGUGCUGUUGGAGAGAGAGGAGCAUCUGUGUUUUGAAUCAUAUGAAAUGUUGCUCUUAUUCUCUCGCGUUGUAAACAGCAAGCCUGUGGAAGCAGAGGAUGGAAGUUGGGGAAAGCAGAGAGAGGAAAACUCAUUACAUUCAACUCAGUCCUAGCUGAUCAAUGGCGUUGCUUUGCCAAUGAGAGGUUGUCAGAUGGGACAUAGAAAGCGUUCGGGGGUCAAUUCUCCUCGCCACUCUAGACAUACAGUCACAUAAUGCCUCUCCUUGAGUGCCUUUUUAAUGUCUCGGAUCCAGCUGUCUGUACAGCAUUGGGUAGAACUGUGUCUUAUUGCGAAACCUACGCUCUCAUCACUGAGGGUGGGGCUCUGAUAGAAUUGGUCUGGUUUGUCUAGUUAUCAGUCGUUUUUCUGUAAAGCUCUAGAUAAAUUUGCUCAUUUUAUUUAAAAUGCAUUCACACAAACAUGCAACCACCAGCAAGGGAAUAAGACUGUAGACGUUCACUAAGUUUGGCUAAGUCAACAAACACACCUAAAUUCAUCUCUGUGCUAAUAAGACUCAUGUUCCACAUGUCCCAACAAGUACUGCAUUUUUGUGACAUGGUGCAGAUGUGUUUAUAUUCAAGACCAUCAUCUUCUAAAGCAUUAAUGUGGCAGGACGCUUGGUAUUAAAAUUUUAUAGCGUCCAAAUGGAGCCACAUGUCCAACUAUGUGGAAACUGUUGCUUCUGAAUAGGAUGAAAAGUUGAGAUGAAGUCCCAGGUGCAAAUGAGUGACAUUAUAUAGAACCUCAAUGGGCAUUGAAGCCUUAGGAGAUCUGAACUAUUAGAAAAGUAAAUAUGAGCUCCGAGCGCCUUUUCUCACUAAACCUGAAAUAUGGAAAGCCGUUAUGGAAAGAAACCAAAUCAGUUUGUUCAUUAAUGUGUAUGUAUAUAUUUUCAAAAAGGAGACAAAUGUAUGAUUAAAAACAAUAGGGACUGAUGUUUUAUAAGAUUGUAGAUUACAGCUGUUGAAGCUUUUUAUGACUUCACCUGGUGUUGAAUGGCUCAAGUUCGGUUUAUAGGUUUUGUUUUUUCCCCCCUCAGUUCUCCCUGUUCACAGUUGUUGUGAAAGUCAUUAUAAAAACAAGAUGAUGAACGGUUCCAGAAAAUACAUGGGGUCAGUAAAUGUUGUAUGCUGUUAACUUUUUUGUCGUUUUGUUUUUUUACUCUUGUAACCUCAUGGUGCAACACAAACUAGCACAAACAUCCAAACCAUUGCUAAAGCAAUAAAAUACCAAAAAUAAGUCACUUUUUUUUGUCUAAAGAAAGAUUCAUUUGUUUCCAUUUGUUUAGAGCACUAACCCUGUUACCUUUUCUUUUUGGAAUGCCUGAAAUGUAUUGUAAAAUGUACAUAAAGUUAUUAUAUAAA